AGGGGGUGAUGUCAUCAUGAUGCUGCCCGUCUCAAGGUUUAAAGGUCAGCCAGUUGGCAUGGUAACCACCACCACACCCUGGCUGUCCGUCAACAGUGACCCUGUCCCCCACUGGCUGUGGUUGGCCAGCUGGUCAGCGGCAGCGUACCAGGCCAUGCCCCCUCUGGUCUUCUACCCCCCAGCUGUGUGGAUACCUGAACACACUCACCUGAUACAGUGGGAACGUCCAGCUGUUGAAGUCCUUCCUCUCCUCCCUCCGUUCUAUCGCUCUUCACCUAUUCGUCCUCCUCAUCCUCUCCCCAAGCUACCUGAAGGCUGGAUCUCACCAGAGAAAAUGGGCGUGUUCCGGAAGAGGGAUAAACGCCUCCUCCUGACGAACCAAAUCAUCCGGAGGCCGAGAGGACACGCCCCCAGGACACACCUGCUGCUGUCUCACUCUGGAGUCUCAGGUCGUGUUAGAAGAGACGCAACAAAGACCAGAAACACCGAACCAGAAGACUCCUCCCCCUCCUCCUCCUCCCCCCCGCUGCACCUCCUCUAUGUGUCUCCUCUCCACCUGCCUCUCCUGGCUGCUCCUCCUCCAACAGUCCAUCAGUCAGAUCCAGCAGGACCACGUCUGGUCUGAGUCUCUGAUGUGGUCUGGGGACCUUCAGCUUCCUCCCUACGUUGCCAAAGAAGCUGGAGAUGAAGAUACUACGUUCAGGAGGCCUUACAGACUUCCAAAAAGGAGCAAUCCAGACAACAGUCUUGUCAGGCCAGGGGAAAUUUCCUGAUCCAAAACAUUAUCCUGGCAACUUAAACCAUUUCCAAGAACCACAUCAUCUGUUCGAGCUCAGUGAGGAGCCAGUGUUAGUCUCCUCCGCCGUAGCCUGUCUUGAUCAGAAACACAUACUGUGGAGUAAAUGACAGGCUCGCCUGGACUCUUGGUUACGCCUCCCACUGUCCCACAGACGUCCUAAAGCAGGUCUGAAACCAACAGAUUUAACUUCUGCACCGAGCAGUGAAACCCUCCUUCUCAGUAUGGGAUGCUCCCCGAAUAUCAUUGUUUAACUUUAGAACCUUUUACUGCGUCUCCAAUGUAAACCUGUUUCAAAUCCGAGACCUGGUUCGAUGAAGGUCCGGCCCGCUACCUUUACUGUUCACAGUGUUAAAUAGAACCAGGAAGAAAAGUGAAAACAAAAAGAGUGAAGCUGCAGUUUGAUUUCAAAGUAGUACGCACACACAGAGUGUGUCAGUAAACCUCCUGAUCUCUGUUCAGAAGCUGUUUGAUAAAGUGACUCUAUAAACUGAGACCAGAGCU